UUGCGUACCACCGUCGACAGUCAAACCCUGGCGGGAAAUCGUCUUCGGCAUCGUACGAUAUCGCCGCAACACGAUUGGACGGCGCCGAUCAUGAUUUACAUCUGGAAAGGUUAUCAGUCAUCUAUGUCGGCCCAACCUGGGACAAGUGCAUAACAACGAUUUAUAAGUUCUCCUUUAGCAUAGAAUUUUGACAACUGGAGAAUCGGAAUCGAGACGCGAUGGAGUGCGACACAUCCUUCAGCGACAACGAUUCAUUCAACAUAAAUGAAAUCGUCGAAUUAGACGACAUUAUCAACUGUGAAAAAGAACUUUUUAACAAAUUAGAUGGGAUAGAUGGGAUAUUUUCUGAAGUUGGGUUACUUUCUCAGCUUGACAUGUUUGGUGACACUGAAAUUAGAGAAGACUUUGGGCAAAUUGGAAAACAAGAACAAAUGGAAUUAUUUUCCGACAAUGAACAUCAGGAAAAUCUCUCGAAUAACCAUUUACCACAAGUUUCUUUGAAACAUAUGACAUCACCGAGCUCUCAGCAGCAGCAGCAACCACAGGCACAGCUACUUCAACCCCAAGCCAAGGCAACCUAUCCCGAAAUUCCCUUGCAGUGUCCAGCUAAUCCGCAACCCAUAACCACUAUACCGCUUUCGGUCCAUCAGACUUUUCACCCGGGCCACGAACAACAGCCGUUAUCGCAAAUUGUGUUGAACCAAAAUACUUACUUGCUUCAGCCUCAAAAUAAAAUCUUUUAUAGCAACAUAAAGCCAGCUGAGCCCAAGCAGAAUAGUUUUCCGACGAUCGCCCAAGCGGUUACAAAGCACGAACCACCCAUAAUCAGAAAAAAGGCUAAAACUUCACCGGCUCAAGAGAAAAUUAACAACAAUCAGUAUGUCACCGUGCAAAAUGUUAGCAAAAUUCAAGUUCCUCAAGAUCAAAUGAAACAGAUGAUUUUCCAAGCACAACUGAUAGCACCUGCAACUCAACCGGCAGUUCUCUACACUACAGGAAAUAUUCAGGAGAAACCAGUCGUAAAUCUAGUUAAUACGGUAAAUACUAAUGUCACUCCUUGUCCUACUGACAACAGCAACACAGUUUUGGCUACAGGUAUCCCAGUGAUAUUAGAAGCUGAUAAAAUAUCAUUGAACCGAUUGAAAAAUGGGACCAGAGAAAGAGUUCCAAAAUUUAAAGAAGUCAAAAGAAAUAUGCACAAUGCAAUUGAGCGUAGAUACCGAACAAGCAUAAAUGACCGUAUAAUUGAACUUAAAGACAUCAUAGCAGGGCCUGCUGCCAAGAUGAAUAAAUCUUUGAUUUUGCGCAAAGCUAUUGAAUACAUUCGGUACCUCCGGGAGUCCAAUGAGAAGCUAAAACAAGAAAAUUUAGCUCUGAGGAUGGCUUCUAACUCUGUUGAUGGGUUACUCCCUCAAUCGCCGUGCAAAGAGGAAGUCUGCAUUGGUGGAAUCACUCCUCCAAGAUCAGAUAUAUCUUCACCUACAAGAUCAGACCAUUCAGGGCCUCCGACCCCUCAAGAUAUCACUUUCAAUGAAAUUUCUGGAAAAGAAGAUUAUGAAUCGGUUAGGAUGCGUGGCAUGUUGGACCAAACGAGGGUUACGCUUUGUGCAUUCAUGCUCUCAAUUUUGGUGUUCAAUCCAUUUAAAUUCUUUGCGAAUAAAUUUGGAGCUAACAACUUCUACUCUGAUGCUACACUCGAAAGACGAACAUUGCUGGAAGUCUCAGAUAUAUGGAAUGCUGGCUCUUCUGUGCUGCUUUGGGUUUUCAAUAUGUCACUUUUGCUGUGUUGCCUUGUCAAAUUGCUGAUGUUUGGUGAUAUCGUUCUUCCUGCCAAGUCCAAAGAGUCGAUGAAUUUUUGGCGCCAUCGGAAGCAAGCAGACUUUUACAUAUCAAAGGCCAACACUGCAGGGGCAAAACAGGAACUCUUAACAUGUCUCAACAUACUGAACUUGCCGUUGCCCACUACCAAAAUUCACUUAAUGGCUGCGUGUUUGUGGCAAAUAAUUCGCCAGUUUUUACAUAGGCUAUGGAUUGGGCAAUGGCUUUCACAACACGAAGGAGGCUUUUUUGUAAACCUUUCUGCUCGUCAAGAAGCUUUGCGUUCUGCUAGAGAGCAAGCUAUGGUUUACCAUCACCUACACAGACUUUAUCUAAUAGAGCCAAGGUAUUCAUUAACUGAUUUCGUUAUCGCACUUUCUGCUGCUAAUCAAGCAGAAGCUGCUGGGUCGGUUAUGACUAAAGAAGAAUUGGCACAGAUGUAUUUUGCAAUCGCAAUUCAUUUAAAACAGCUCUCAGGACUUCAGUUCAUUAGUAGGUUUUACUUUUGGCUUGGAUGCCGAAUCGGUUUGAAUUCGAAUUCCAACUGGCUAUUUACAAGCCAGGGCAAAAACUUCUUAAUGAACCACAACUGGGAUUAUGAAAAGAAUAAAAUCAACAAUGUUUUUACCGAAUUAACAGAUGGAACCAAUCCUCUCGCGUUUGCCAGCAAAGCAUUUCGUGAGCAUCUGAUUGAUUGUAUCCUCCAUGUGUUGGUCACACCUGGAAGUCGUGCAAUCGAAAAUCCAGCCAACACCGAAAAUGAAGAAAAUACUCAAACUGUUAAAAUUCUUUCAUCGUAUUUGGAAAUACUCUCCAACAAUACUUCCUUCGAAGGUGUAGAGGACAAAACCGCAAAAUGGUGGACGACUAUUAUGCAAGUGGCUACUUUAUGGAUGCAGGGGGAAGAUUACGAAGCAGAAACGCUUUACAAUCAGGCUGAAAAAGUCCCAUCCUACCUCCUAAAUUAUCCAUUGGCGAAAGCAGUGUUGGCCGGGUUUCAAAUGCGACGAUCGUUUAUAUCAGGAAAUAAUCAUAAAGUGACGUUAAAGUACGCAUCUUACGCAUCACAUCAUUUGCUCGACAGCAUCACUUCAAGCCAUAAAGCGGAUGAAAAAACGUUGCUGUCACAACUUAUGUUAUGCGAUUGGCUUUUGGAAACAAGAAUGUCAAUAUGGGAAAGUGGGGCAGUAUCUGUGACAUCCUUGUUCCUUCAAGAUUUCCACUCUGAUAUUGAAUCCCUGAAACAGAUAGCCCAGUUUGUCCCUUCUGCUGUCCGAAGAGUGUUCAUUUAUGAAGCAGCAGUUCAUCUGAUAGCUGGAGCUUCACCAGCACGUGCUCAACACUUUUUGGAUAGAAGCCUUAGGCACAGGCCUACGAGGUCAUCAAUGAUUUGUGGCGGGAAAGAUAAAUCUGGAGAAAAUUCGAGUGGAAAGCGUGAACACGCGGCUGCACUUUACCUCGCUUGUAAACAUUUGCCUGCACCGCUUUUGUCAUCGCCGGGUGAACGAGCUGGAAUGUUGGUUGAAGCGGCGAAAACUCUCGAAGGAAUAGGAGACAAAAAACGUUUGAACAAUUGCUACAAACUUAUGAAAACCUUAGGCACAUCAGCAAUUACAAACUGAAGUAGUAGGUUGUCCGAUACUUAUUGAUUUUACAUCAUUAAAUCGCCUUGUUUCCUAUCAUCUAUGCAAAUGUAAAAUUUUCUAUUUAUGUAAUUGUUUUAUUUUUAAACGCGUUACAAAAUAUAUAUUUGUUACAACUUU